GUCUGUUUGAUGAUAGAUAUGAUGCUAAACGUACGCAGCUAAACAACUAACUAUACGUAACUUUCUUCACUAUACUAUACUAUACUUAACUAUACGUAAUUGUUUGCUUUAAAAAAGCAGGUUUAAAGAGAGGGAAAUUGUAUUAAGUAUGUUAAUCUUCUUUUGAACUCUCCAUUCUUGUAGCAAUAAUAUGUGGGGGGGAAUGAACCCGGGUAAAAAAUUCCUUCCACAGAACUGAUAUAAUUUAUUCAUUUGUUUAAGAAAUUAAUAACGACUGUUACAACGUACGUAUACUAUAGAAGGUGAAGAGUAGAAGUACUUUUUUAUUAAUAUUUAUAAUUGUGUACAAAAAAAAGUAUAAUAAAAAACUAAUAUGGCUAAAAAGUUAAAGAAAAAUGCCACUAAUGCAAAAAAUACUGGUAAAAAUGUUAGCGCAAAGAAUAACCGUCAGACAAGGAAACAAACGGAAGCUGACAAGAAUAAACACAAAUCCGCUAUUAUUAAAGAUCACAAUUUGAAGUUCAAAAACAAAUCUACGAAAAAUAAAUUAACUAAAACGGUCAAACAAAUACACAAGAAUGGAGAAAAACGUGCUUUCAUUAAUAUUUUGAAUUCUGACACUGUAAAAGUCGUAAAUGUAAAAAACAAGGACAAAGGUAAAAUAAGUAGACAAGUUCAAAAUAAAAAGAAUAAGCAAAUUGACGACAAAAAACUAAAACAGCAAAAACAAAAUAAAAAGAAUAAAAUUUCUGAUCAAUCUAAGAAUAAACUUAGUAAUGAUAAAGAGCUUGCAAAAAAAGUAAAAUCAAAAUCUACAGGACUUGAAACAAAACAGGAGCAAAAGCUUAAUGAGAAAACGAAAAAAUUGAGUAAAGUAUUAAAAAAAUCAAAAUCUACAGGACUUGAAACAAAACAGGAGCAAAAGCUUAAUGAGAAAACGAAAAAAUUGAGUAAAGUAUUAAAAAAACAAAUAAGACAAAAAGAGAGUAAAUUUUCGACAGUGCCAAAAAAAAAACAUAAUGAUUCACAAGUAAUUAUAAACCGUAACUUAGAUAUCAAGCAUUUGGAAAAAUUGCUUGCUAAUAAACAAAAAGAACAAAAAAAGAAGGAAAUAGAUAUGAAACCACAAUCUUUAAGACAAAGAAUGAUGACUAAAUUAAAAGCUUCUAGGUUCAGAUAUCUAAAUGAAACACUUUAUAAUAAUGAAAGUUCAGAGUCUAAAAAAUAUUUUAAAAAUGAUCCUGAUGCAUUUAAGGCAUAUCAUGAAGGAUAUAAACAACAAGUCGAUCAAUGGCCUGUAAAUCCUCUUGAUAUUGUAAUAGCUUCAAUUAAAAAAAUGCCAAAGGAAUACAUAGUUGCUGAUUUUGGAUGUGGAGAAGCAAGGCUUGCUACUGUAGUUCCUCAUAAAGUACAUUCUUUUGAUUUUGUUUCUUUAAAUAAAAAUGUAACUGCUUGUGACAUAACACAUACAAACCUAUUAACAAGUAGUGUAAAUGUUGUUGUAUUUUGCCUAUCACUUAUGGGAACUAAUCUUAAAGACUAUAUUAUAGAAGCAAAUAGGGUUCUUAAAAAAGGUGGCAUUUUAAAGAUAGCUGAAGUUGAAAGUCGAUUUGAACAAGUAAAGGAUUUUAUAGAUGCAAUUAAUAGUUAUGGUUUCAAAAUUAUCUGGAAGGAUUUAUCUCACAACUUGUUUUACUUUUUAGACUUUGAGAAAGAAAAAGACAUUAGAGGUAAAAGAAAUAAUCUACCUCCUAUUACUUUAAAGCCAUGUUUGUAUAAAAAACGUUAGAUAAUAAGUAGUGAUUAAACACUAUAUUUUUUAUAUUUCAUAAAAAAUUGUGUUUUAAUAAAAUUAUUAUUUUGUUA